GUGCGAGUACCAAGUAGGCUGAUAUCAUUCACAACUUGACAUGAAGGUUGAAGAAGCAAGAAGCACAAACUUCAAUCUGCAUUCUCUCACUUGUGCCGGCCCAUUUCGCCCAAACCCAACAGCGGACCCGACCCGCCAAACUGAGUUUCUUCUUCUUCGUAGCGACUCUGUCUUUCUCUCAUUUUAUUUUCAGUCCCAGCUGUUCUCCAUGGAUUCGCAGACCCAGAACACGUCGUUGCAGAGGCUUCAAAAUGUCGAGAAGAGAAUCGUGAAGGUUUUGGAGCUGGCCGGAAGUGUGAUGGACGAACUCGCAAACCCUACUGGUCCCAGAAGGGAGUCCAUCAACAACCAUGUCCGCGAGUUCAUGCAAUUGAUCAAGGAUAUUCAAAUGGCACUGCGGGAUGAAAUCAAGAGUGCGUGUGAUUACCGUCCGUUUGAGAAGUGUGAUUACAGCGCAAGAAUAGCUAAUGAGAUCUGUUGCAAGAAACUGGAACAUGUCAUGUCACAGUUGGAUGGAAUGAAGGAAACAAUAGAUGAUUAUCAUACUGCUGUUUGAAGAUGCGUGGUAGGCAAUGUAAGAUGUUGAGAGUUCCAACCAUCAGGUUUCUCCCCACAAAGGAUUCAUAAGAAAUUAAGAGUAUCUGGUUUACUAUUGUCAGUAGACGUACUUGAUUAGCUUAAUAUUAGAUAGCUUGUUGGAUUUAAUCCUCUUUAGUCUGGUGUUUGUGAGGUUGAGGUCAAGUAGGUCGAUACCUGAUAGUCAGUGUGUGACGUUGUGUAGUCUUCAUAAUUGGGUAGGAGUUAUGAGGUUGUAAUGUUUUCCCGUCUUUCAUUUUUUUCCCUCCUGUAAUGAUCUUAUGAUAGAAGUAAAAGGUUUUUUCUCACC